AUGUUGCCCAUGUCAGGUGGCGCUGAGGGCGUGGCUCAGCUGUUCCGGGUGCAGGAUGCGAACCUGCGCGCUCGUGUUGUCCUGCACGCCCUAGAGCGCUGGCCUCUGUCGGUCUGUCUGGACCUGAUCCAGUUCUGCCUUCAGGACCCCGGCACCGAAACCUGUCUGAAGACGGACCUGCAGUGCCAACACAAAGAGCUGUCCAUCUACAGCUGGAUGAUGGAUUUACAACCACCCUUGCCUUGGAGCACCUGGCAGGAGCUGCGGGCAGAGUCCAAAACAAGUCCCGAGUCCACGUUGGCUUUAAUCCUGGAGGCCAAGGAGUUCUCUCUGUGUGAGCAGUGGGUCGAGCUCUAUCCUGCCUGUGAGCAGCUGCAGCUGCAGACCGAACAUCUGCUCUUCUUGUUGGAGAACGGACAGACGGACGAGGCUUUCCAGCUCCUGGAAGACCUGGCAGGCGUUGCGGAGGGACUGGAGGUUUGCGAGCGCGCUCUGGAUCGCCGCCCGGGAUUGGCUGCGUGUCACUUCCUGUCUGACUACCUCACCCUGCACGCUCAGACACAGAUGUCUGAGGAGCGGCGGCGCUACGUGCACGCCCUUCACCUGGGCUCCAAGGUGCUGCUGACUCUGCCCCCCGCUGCCAGGCCCGAUUACUUCCCCCUGCUGUCAGAGCCCCUGCUCAUGUUGGAGCAGCUGCUGAUGAACCUGAAGGUGGAAUGGGCCGAGGUGGCGGUGCAGACGCUCAGGAGCCUGCUGGUUGGCCAGGAGGCCGGCUUCGACGCUGACGACGUGGACAGGCUUCUGGCAGACUACGCCUGCAAGGCCCUGGACUUCUCCUGUGCUCCCAGAGAGAGGACUCGGUCGGACUCUGUGAUCAGCCUCCAGGACACGCUGCUGCAGUGCCCCCUUCAGGAGAGCAGCUCUCCAGCAUCCAGCAGAGUGGACUCUGCAGCAUCUUCCACAAACAACACCCCCACACACAGCUCCUCUGCAAACAGCUCGGACAAGGAGCGGGACUCGUCGGGUCAAAGACGCCGAUCGUCAGCCAAAUUCCGGCCUCCGGAUCAACCGCCGGCCCGAGAGAACUGGGUCCCUGACACCCAGCACGAUGUGUGCAUGGUCUGUCGGAGGGAGAGGUUCACUAUGUUCAACAGACGGCACCACUGUCGGCGCUGCGGCCGUCUGGUUUGCAGCUCGUGCUCAGAAUGGAGGAUGGCGGUCGAUAGGUGUCCAGGAGAAGCCGUCAGAGUGUGUGGGCAGUGUUACUUCUUCUUCCACUCAGAUUCUGACGAGUCGGAUUCUGCUGAAGUGAUCGGGAGCCCCACUGCCACUCGUGAACCUCUGGACGGGAUGCUGCAUCUGCCUGAAGAGGUCCACCGACAGUUUAAACUCAGCCUGGACCCUGCAGAGAACCAGCUGCUGCGAAGCGAGUUUUACUACAACCAGGCUCCCAGCGCACACCUCUGUGUGGCCAUCUUGUCCCUGCACAGCGACCAAGCUACCUGUGGGCACCAGCUCAUCGACCACUGCCGCUCCCUGUCCACAAAGCUGAACAACCCAGAGGUGGACGCCUGCCUUCUGACUGACAUCAUGCGGGAGCUGCUGUUCAGUGCCAGGAUCAUGUUUGAUAAAGUUGGCCACAGCCAGGACCAUGCACUGUGUGACAGUUACAUCAGUAAAGUAGACGUGAUGAAGAUUCUAGUGACCGCCAAUUAUAAAUUCAUUCCUUCUCUGGAAGAGAUUUUAGAGAUGUCAGCCGUCACUCGUCUCCGUAAUCAGCUGCUGGAAACGGAACACUACCAGCUCGCAGUAGAGGUGUCGACGAAGAGCGGCCUCGACCCCAGCGGGGUGUGGCAGGCCUGGGCCCUGGCAUCCCUGAAGGCGAGAAACCUUUCAGGAGCAAGAGAGAAGUUUUCCCGCUGCAUGAAGGUUCCUGUGGACCGAAACCAGCUUAGUCUUGGUCCACUUCUGCUGCAGGAGAUUGUUCAGCACCUGGAAACCUCCGUACGGCUAACUCAGAGCACGUCUUAUGGUGAAGACAUUUUGGCAUCUCUCUAUGAGCUGGAGGACGCUCUGAACGAUGCGGGUCCUGUGGAGCGACAAGAGGGCCUGACUCAGGACAGUACCGUUCACCUGGAGUGUCUUUACUACCUGAAGAUGUAUGGCACUCACCUGGCCCUCAUCAGCUUCUACAUGCGUCACGACUGCAUGAAGGAGGCUGUGACGCACGUUCUGAACAAGGUGAGGCUCGAGAUGGUGGCUCGACGAUAA